CAGUGGUUGAGGCAGUUCGCGAGCAACACGUUCUCCGGCUAAAUAUGGCCCAGAAAGAAUUACGUUUGGAGGUUGCCAAACUACGGAAACUGGUAAAAACCGCCCGCACGAACAUCGUCCGCAAGCUGGUGCGCGAUCGAGGGUUUUGGUCAAAAAAAUUGACUGAUUCGAGUGAUAACCGACGUGCGGCAAAGAAAACUGAAGCUUCUGAGGCCAUCUUGAAGUACACACGAUCACUCCGCACGUACCAACUAGUGAAGGAUGUUAUACGCUUCGAGUUGCGGAAAAAUGAUCCAUCAACGAAAGUGUCGACCGAGGUAGCCGAUCGCACUAUGCUACGAUUUCAUGCGGACUCGAAGCUUAGCUCCGCUGUCACGUCGCUCGUAGAUCGGUUUGAAAUGCGUCGAAACGAUUCACUCAUAGACAAGGUGGUGCAGGAAAGUCGCGUAAAAACUAGUGAAUCGACCGAUGAUACCGCACGAAAGAAGAAAAAGAAGCCUAAACCUAACACAGACAAAGGUAAGAAGGUCCAAUCGAAGGAGAGUAAGCACAAAAGCCACAAACAAUCAAAAACGGCGGAAAACACGAAAUCCAUUGCUAAGGACGAAACAAAUGAGAAUGAAGACGAACACAGCGACAGGGAGGAUAAAGACGACCACAGCAUAGCAAUGAGUGAAGACCAUGAUACUACUGAGGAGAGUGACGCUGCCGAUGAACGGCCAAUUGAGAAAUCGAAAGACAAAUCCAAAACAAAGCUUCCUGCUCAACAAAGUAAAAAGAAACGCAACAAAAAGGGAACGCCCGUUAACCUGAAACCCCCGGAAGAAGAUGACGAGGACGAGGAAGGCUCCAUGAUGGUUCAAGACAGCUUUUUUGUUACGGAAUCGGGCGGCAAUUAUGUUGCUGUAGCGCCCGUACUGAAGAAAGGAGAACAAGAGUCUAGCGACGAAGGUGAAGAAGCAGAGCAAAGUUGGAAGCUAUCGUUCAAGCGCAAAAAGAAUCAAGAAAAUAGUCCUCCAGACGCGUCGAAUGGAGGUCGAACUGGGCAGCAUGAAGGCAAUAAACGCACGUUUGCUACAGCGGAUGAUGCUCGCCCUGCGAAGCGUAACCGAAAGGACCAAGGAAAGCUGAAUUCGGAACCAGAACUCCAUCCCUCUUGGAUGGCGAAGCAGAAACAGAAAGGAAUAAAACCGUUUGCGGGAAAGAAGGUAGUGUUUGAUGAGGAUACCUCUUCGAAGGGAAAGUCCAACGAGGAUCUGCAUCCAUCGUGGGCUGCAAAGCAGGCCCAAACGGGUAUUAAACCAUUUGCCGGUCGGAAGACUGUGUUUGAUGACCAAAGCGCCAAACCGAAAGGGCCGCCAGUGGAUGAUCUUCAUCCUUCGUGGACUGCGAAACAGGCCCAGAAAGGAAUCAAACCGUUUACUGGGAAAAAAAUAACUUUCGAUGAAGACCACAGCGUAGCACCGAUUGUGAAGUCUGCCAAAGACCUUCAUCCUUCGUGGGCUGCGAAACAGGCCCAGAAAGGUAUCAAGCCGUUUGCUGGAACCAAAAUAACUUUCAAUGAGGAUAGUAGUGCAGCACCGAUCGUGAAGUCCGCCAACGAUAUCCAUCCUUCGUGGGCUGCGAAACAGGCGCAGAAAGGCAUUAAACCCUUUUCCGGGAAAAAGAUUAUCUUUGGUGAUCAAGGAGCAAAGGGUGGCCAACCACAAGCUGUCUCGAAGGAAGUAGAAACAAACCUUCAUCCCUCGUGGAUUGCAAAACAAGCCCAGAAAGGUCUGAAACCUUUUGCCGGUAAAAAGACUACCUUUGAUGACGACGAAACAACUUCAAAAGAACGCCCAAGAACCACCCGAACCAAGGAUUCGCCAACGAACGGUGAAACGCAUUCCGCCAAGUUUCAAUCGAUUCGCAAUGAUCUACACCCUUCGUGGGCAGCGAAACAAGCCCAGAAGGGUAUUAAACAAUUCGAGGGGAAAAAGAUUACUUUCGGCGAUUAAUGAAUUGGUAAUCGGGCAACCAAAAACGUUGGAAAACGAUUAUGCAUUUUGUUAGCUCCAGUCGACCCAUAUCUGGUUCAUUGUAUUAACGAUAAAUAAAUUAGUCUUUAAACUCAACAUGCUUGCCUCUCCGUCGUUCGUCUAAAGCACAUCCGUUUGGUAAA